UCCUAUAAUCUUGUAAAUCUGGUAAAUAAUGAAGAUGAAAAUAUUAUAGAUCUGGAGCAGGAAAAUACACAAUCAAUAGAAAUUAUGGAUAUAAAUUCUGCUGAUGAAGAUGAUUCUGGAGGAGUUGUUACAGUUAAAGAAGAAUAUUUAGAUUAUGAACCAGUGGACGUUGUUAAUAUUGGGACUGAUCAACUAUUUGAUGAYGCAUCAGUUGAUGAGUUAGACAUGGAAAAAAUUGUAGAGGAUGAUGAUGAGAAUGGUAAAUUUCAAUGUGCCAAGUGUCAACGUGUUUUUAGUUCAGAGUCCAAAAUGCGUCGUCACAUAUUCAUUCAACAUAAUCCUGGAGAAAUGGAAUGUUUCCAUUGUUUUAUUAAAUAUGACUCUAUGUUACAUUUUGAACGUCAUAUUGCUACACACUUCACUCGUCAUGAAUAUCUUUGUGACUUUUGCCCUACUAUGUUCAAUCGGGUGUCUGGACUACUCGAUCAUUUAGCCAAACAUAAAAAUGAUCGUUUAAGAUUUACUUGCCAAGAAUGUGGAAAAGUGUUAGCAAAUAGACUUUCUUUCACAAUUCAUCAGCGGACUCAUACUGGUGAGAAACCUCAUUCAUGCAAAUUUUGUGACAGAACUUUUUCACAGGUCAGUAUUUUAUAAUAUCAAUUACUUAUGUGCACAAAGGUAUUA